AUGGCCACACCUACUAUGUCCUAUACGCCUCUCGAAGUCCUAAAUGUCUCAGACAGCAACGUCCAAAAGAAAGCACCAUCCAAAAGCCUAUACAUCUCACAUUUCAUAUCAACAUGGAAUAGUCGAGGCUUCGAGUUUGGUGCUGUGCUCUUCUUAUCUACGAUUUAUCCUGGAACACUUUUACCCAUGUCAGUCUACGCUUUGGUUAGAGCCCUGGCAGCAAUUGCUCUUUCUCCAGCUGUGGGUCGCUUCAUUGACCACACCAACAGAUUACUGGUCGUCCGUGUUUCGGUAUGGGGUCAGCGUGCCGCUGUCGUUCUUUCCUGUUGUAUCUUUUUGAUUCUGCUUCGAAGCAAGGAUUCAUUAUUAGAAAUCGAACACCAUGCUCUGUUCGCUGUUCUGAUAUCUCUGGCGUGCGUUGAGAAGCUUUGUAUCGUUAUGAACACUAUUGCCGUGGAGCGAGACUGGGCUGUGGUGAUUGCUGACGACAAUGAAGAUUUACUCCAAGAAAUGAACUCUCAGAUGAGACGAAUCGACCUUUUUUGCAAGCUGGUCUCACCUUUAGCUGUUGCUCUGGUAGACGGCUUCUCUACCUUUGUAGCAAUACUGGUGACCAUGGCUGUGAACGGCAUUUCGUUCUUGGUUGAGAUCGCUUUGGUUGCCUGGGUAUAUCGCAAGACUCCAGCACUGGCUACUGUCUCUGCACAGCCAGGUGGUCACGAUGCAGGUCGAGCUAAUUCGUGGAUCUCUGUGUCGACUUUCCAAUCGAUCACAUCUUCUUUCACUCAGCAAGUCAAAUGCUAUGCCAGAAGCCAAGCAUUUCUGCCUUCUUUAUCCUUGUCUCUAUUGUACCUCACUGUGCUCAGCUUUUCAGGUCAAAUGAUCACCUAUCUCUUUGCCAUCGACUAUCCUCGACUGACUAGUGUUCACAUUGGCAUCCUUCGCACUGUUGCCACAAUCUCAGAAAUCUCAGCAACUUUCAUUGCUCCACAUCUGAUUCAUCGAGUUGGAGCAGUAAGAGCAGGCAUGUGGAGUUUGUGUUGGCAAUUCGUGUACUUGACUCCAGGCGUCCUUAUAUUCUGGACAGGCCCAGAGUCCUCACCAGUGUUCUCAACUUACUUCUUCAUCGUCUGCGUCAUCCUUUCUCGAAUCGGUCUUUGGUCCUUCGAUUUGACUGCACAACUUUUGGUUCAAAAUUCAAUUGACGCAAGCCAGCGAGGCACAUUCUCAGCCACUGAAGCAUCCCUGCAAAACUUCUUUGAACUUUGCACGUUUGCAAUGACCGUCGUAUGGUCGAGGCCGGAUCAGUUCAGAUAUCCUGCUGCCAUUAGCUUGGGUGCCACCUAUGUAGCAGCAGCAUGUUAUGCUCGAUACAAGAGUUUGCCACCGAUAGAAGAAGGUGAAGACACGGAGCUGAGGUAG